UCGUGGCGUAUCCUCUGUCUUGAUACGCCGAUGACUCACUCACAAAGUGGUGAACUUUACUCAGGAAAUUAUGUUCACUGCUGGUAAGUGAAACGUGGACGCAGGUUUAGGGAAUCUUUAUGACGUGUCUGGUGUUGCAGAUACGAGUUCGUUCAUAUAUGGUUUGGUUGAGAAGAUUUGAUAUAAGCUGAUUUGAUAAUUUUCUGUCACUGGGAUACCUCAGAGCAGCAUUUGUCUCAUGCGUGGGCCUGUGGUUGAUGGGCAUACUGUCGGCAAAAUGAUCCACAUUGACUGGUGUUAAUAGUCCUGCUAGUGUUGAGCAUUUGUCAUCAGUAAAAAGCAGUGAUAACAGAUUCCUCACCGAGAAACAUUACGUUGAUGUAAAAAAGACGGUAACCCACCGCUGAAAGGUCACAGUUCUGACAUCCUAUUCCUCGCCAUGGUCGGGUCGUUUCGGAGUCACGUCUGGGAUCCCGUUCUCCUGAUCUCCCAGAUUGUCAGCAUGCAGUGCACGUUUUACGUCUGCUACGGGUUCUGGCUGGUCCUUAUUGACCUGAUCCUGGAUAACCCGAGGGUUCUAGACCAGGUCUUCAAAUAUGAGUGCUUAGAGUUUGGGAGUUCCAAGGGCAGAACCAUCGUAGCAGUGUACGUCUUGAAUUCACUAACUUGUGCCUUAGGAUUGUGGGUGGCGGUUGGGAGGGCCAAGCAGUGCACGGAUUUCGCCCUGACUGUCCACAUGCUCCACCUGGUCGCCUGCUGGGCCUACAACCGGCAGUUCCCCCACACCCUCUCCUGGUGGCUAGUCAACAUCGUCUGCGUAGCCCUGAUGACGGUGUUGGGCGAGUUCCUCUGCAUGCGCAGCGAGAUGAAGGCCAUUCCGCUGAGCACGGCCGCUCGGUCGGACUUAUGACCACGCCUCGCCCGAUGUCUGACCCCCUGAUACUUGUAGCAUACACCUGUUUGACAAAAUCUUUAACUCUUGCCUGAUUUACAUGCACAUGUAAGACAGUUUGUUCUCACAGGUUCCCAGUGUUAGAUCAGUGCCAUCUUCAGCCCAGUUCUUAACGAGACUGAAUACAACCUCAGCAUUUCGCACUGAGGAAGACCCUUAAAAAUGACCUGUUGCUCCUUGUUCCAGUGCCCUCUGACACGAGGUCAACUCAUAAUGACUUGCACAUGGAUUGCACUCUGCUAAUGUGGCUUAAUCUGCCAAAUUCAGUCCGUCCCCCCCAUGUAAUCCUCGGACUCACAAUGGCAGUACUACGAAUGGAAGACUUCUCAUUGAGAAUCAGAUCAGUGUGGCAUGCCUUGAGCUAUCUUACAAACUUUGGCCACAUUGAUAACUUUGGUGCCAUCUUAAGCUGUGGUCAUCUUGCAAUACAUGUAGCUUUUGAAUAUUGGCACCACGUGUAAAGCAACGCUGCAGACAUUUGCCCCACGGGACCAGAUUUGAUGUUUAGUGCCGAAGGGAAAAAAAAUGGGCCUGUGUUUUUUUUGAGUAGGUGUCUCCCAAGCAGGAGGUGUACCAAAGCCAUUGAAACCUGGAGCCUGAUGCCACUGCCCCAGAGGUAGCCAAGAUUUAUGAAAACAUUGCAAGAGCAGAAAUCUGGUAGCUGCCUCUUCGUUCACUGGGAUGACCCUCUUUUGCUUGACAGCUAACAGAUGUGGUAUUGAUGUUUGGGACUGCCUGGGGCAGUUUCCAGCUGACUUCAUGUCCACUUUUUACAGGCUUGAAAAGGACAGAAAAGCCCACCAAAAAUAUUAUCUGCAGCCUGCCAACACAAGUAUAAUAUGUCUCUAUGCCGAGGGUGGGUCCAGAACCAAUUUUCAGUCCAUGGGGCAGCCAAAAAAGGGGGAUUUUAAAACCUUUUAUGGCCGUUUUGAGGGACAGGGCUACAUUUUUUGGACCUAUGCUUUGGAAGUGGGACCAAAACGUCCCUGAAAAUCCUCUUUCAUAUUUUAAAAGGAAAAGAUUUUUGCCCAAAGUUUUGGUGGGGGAGGGGCUACAUUUACCUCCCUCCAGAUCUGUCAAUAAAUCCCUUCUGGAAAGUUUACUACUGUACUGUACCGUAGAACCAGAGAUUCUGUCAUACAUGCAAGUGGUUUUUAAUUAGGGAGUUCCGUACAUACAUGUACAUGAAUGUUACUCCAAAGCUAUCCAGUUCUGU